AUGAGCCGACGAAAUCGUGAUAGCAGAUCAACAAGCUCUUCACUCUCUAGAUCGAGAUCUACCUCUCGAUCGACAUAUGAUAGUUCCCCACGUGAUCGUGAUUAUAGAACCGAUCGUUCUCGUUCUCGUAGUAGAAGCAGAAGUAGGGACCGCGGAAGAUAUAGUCGUAGAAGAUCACCAAGACGGAGGAGAGAACGCACCAGGAGCCCGUUCUCGCGUCGGCGUUCACCUGCUGAUACUUCCAAACCUUCAAGCAAAGUUAUUUUGACUUCUUUACCCUCGUAUGUCGACAAGGAUGUGCUUAAUAUUCUACUAGCAAGGCAAGGUUAUCAUCCAAUUGACAUUCGUGUUGUUCGCCGUAACACAGAUGGUGGUUCUGUUCGUGUUUUUGGUUUUAUCGAAUUUUCUGAUGUUUACACUGCUGAGGAUUGGAUUAGCUUUAACAAGGGAUAUUUAAAGCUUGACGAUGGUUUUCAAGUACGCUUGGAAUAUUCACGUGAAGAAAUUGCACGUGAAAAACACACCUACAAUCCAUUAGCAUCUGACUGGACUUGCUCAAAGUGCACAAUAAAUAACUUUAACCGAAGGACUAAUUGUUUCAAGUGUGGAACUUCUAGACAGGAGUCGGAUGCUAUGGAGGCUAAAGGUUAUGCUAUGGUUGGAGUUUCACCUUCAGACACGUUGUUAAUUCGCGAAUUGCCCGUUACUGUUACUGAAGAAAUCAUUCGCUCAUCUCUUGGGAAAUAUACGGAUCUGACUAUUCAACGCGUUCAAAUAUCCUCUUCAAAGCUAUAUGCUUUUGUUCAAAUGAGGUCAAGUGAUGAAGCGGGAACUGUUCUUCAUAUCUUCAACAAAACCGUUCCUUAUAUUGAUAAUUGUGCAGUGAUUAUUACUUAUUCGCGCCAGUCCCUCAAUCAAAUACUCAUACUGGAGAAUGUCAAUAUUUUGAAGAGUCAGAGCGGAAUCAGUAGCUCUAGCAUCAACCCCACAAACUCCGCUGCUCAACUUGCCCAAAAUGCAAUAAGAAUCGCCAACAUGGGACGCUCAACGCCUAAUGCUACACCAGCUGUUUCCACAUAUGAAGUGCCCCCUCGACAGUGUGUAUCAACUCCUUUUGGUUAUCUGCCUGUCUAUGAAACACCGGAUCCGAAAUCCUUCCAAUUUGAACCUUCCUCUGGAUAUUAUUAUGACACGGCGACUGGAUUUUACUUUGACUCGAAAACACAAUACUAUUUUAACACCAAUACUAAUCAUUGGAUGUUUUGGUCUCAUCGCUAUUCUUGUUACAUUGAUUGCCAUGGAGGUGAUGACGAGUUGAAAAGCAAAUUGCAGGAGGAGGAACGGUUGACGCGUCAGUCUACUGAAUCUUGCUCAGUUGCUAAUCUUCCUACUUGUUCUUCUACGGAAUUGGAAACAAACUUGGAACAAUCACAUGUUGAAUCACUUGCUGUUGUCCCGUCCAAGGAUGAAGUGGCCGAAGAAUCCAGUAAGCCUGUCGUAAAACGCAAAAGGAAGCAUAAAGACGAUGAUGAGAACAAACCAAAAACUCCCCAAGAAAUUCAAAAGGAAAUGGAAAAGUGGGCUCGUCGUCAGGAUAAAAUAAAAAUGUCUUUUAAACAACCGCAAAUACCCGUUACACCCGUUGAGAAAUCAAGUGUUUCAAAUGUUAUGAGCAAACCAAUAAAUAAGAAUGUCAUGGAAUCACCGCUUGAGCCUAUCAAGAAGCCUUGGGAUGACGACGAUGAUGAUGGGUCUGAAGUUGUGCCUGCUGGUGCUGCUCUGCCUGGAAAAUAUCUUGGUGUCACGCAUCGACUGUUUCGUGUCAGGAAGGCCAGGGCCCAAAUGAGUGCCGGACUUGCUGUUUCCAGUGAUACUCCAAUCGAACAAAGCAAUGGUACUUUGGUGGAUUCCGUAACGUUCACCUCGUCAUGGCGGAUUUGCGUCCGCCAAUUGAACUUCACGGCCCUUUGGAUCAAUUAUCUUUAUGCUGAUCUUCUCUAUUUCCAGACCAACAGCAGCCUCUCUCUGGCAAAGACCAUGGUGAUAGUAUUGGCGCUGAAUCUGAUGAUCAUGCUAAUGCAUUUGAUGAGUCCAAAUACAUUGAUCAGACUAAAAAAUUUUGCCUUCUUUGUCGCCGCCAGUUUCCAGAUGUUCAAACGCUAG